AUGGAUGAUUUUUAUGACCCAAAUAACCUUACUUGGAACAAUUUGCAUACAAUAAAUGAGGAACAUACGUACUGUUAUUGUGGAAAAGACAGAAACUUGACUGAAGUUUCUCUCCAAUGCUCAGGCUGUUUGAAUUGGUUUCACGCAAAAUGUACUAAAAUUCCACUCGAUACCACUAUCCCAAUUUUCACGAAUUAUAAAUUUACUUGUAAAUGGUGCAAUAUUUCUUCUGGGGAGAAUUUCAAGCGUAGCCAAGCAGGAUGGAAAGAAAUUGGUGGUUGCGCUAUAGCAAAUUUGAUGCUUCAGCAACAUUUGGCAGAAUUUAAAGCUCAAAAAGGAGAUCCUAUAUAUUCUUCGGCUUGUGCAAGGAAAUUGUCUCCAUUCCAAUAUUAUUUUAAUAAAAAUGAACAUUUAAGACCGUUUGUUGAUAAGAAUUGGUCUUCUUUAUGUACGGAGCGUUCUAGAACUGCAACUUGGUGGGCAACUCUUGGAUCAUGUCUAUACUCAACUAAAGAUCUUUUUGUUGCCAAAGAUGAAAAUAAUCGUUCGGCAAGUUCGAACUUUUGUCUUGUAGAUCCAAAUCUAUGGAAUAUCAGACCAGGGCAUUUUGGGACAUCACAUUCAAGGACUCCCUCACGGGCUCAUAGAGAGGCGGUGAAUAAUAGUACUCGUACAAUUUAUGACUCUGGAACCCAAGACGAAGCAUCAUCGUCAACAAUUACACAUGCGUCUCCUUCAAAACGUCAAUCAACACCGUUUCGCUCUUCUUCAGAACAGCCUGUAGCUUCUGGCCAAACACAAUCCAAUCGUUCUAAUACCGUGAUUGCCUUGAUGGAGGCACGUUCUUCGUCAAUUACGGAAUUUGGUCAAUCCGGUGAACAAAAUAAUCUUCGGCACGGUUUCAAAUAUUUACCUUGUCAAUUAGAUAAAUUGUUUCCAUAUUUGCAAUAUCGCAAUUCUGAAUUACCUCCGUACGGUGUACGACUUUCUAAAGAAGAUGCAAGUUUAUCCGUAUGGAUAAGUGGUGACCAGUUAACUUCCACUACCGAUUUUGGAUUUUCAAUGGCUAGGGCAAACUGUCCCGUGAAGGAAGGAAAGUGGUUUUUUGAAGUUUUUAUUGAUCGUGGUGGUGAGGGUAAAAUCGAUGGUAAGGAUGGCGCACAUGUAAGGGUAGGCUGGGCUCGUAGAGAAGGCAAUAGAAAUUCUCCGGUUGGUUCCGACGCAUACAGUUAUGGUUUUAGAGAUCUAACUGGACAAAAGCUACAUCAAUCUAUUCCUACACAAUAUGGCGAGUCAUUUAAAACGGGAGAUGUUAUAGGUCUUUAUAUUAGCUUACCGCCAUUGAAGAAGGUGAUUCCGGACUACCAGCCAAAGAGUCCAAAAAGGCAUAGAAUACCGAUCCUAUUUAAAGGGGAUACGAUUUUCGAAUAUAAAGACUUUAAACCAACGCAUCAAAUGAAUCAGCUUUUAGAAUUGCCAGAAAAGAAAAAGGAAAAAAAGUACUGGUGGCAGCAACAAGAAGAGAAAAAACAAGUGCAGGCACCACCAGAUAUUCCCGUUUUACCAGGUUCAAAGAUCAUUGUUUAUAAAAAUGGAGUUCGUCAAGGCGUUGCUUUCGAUAAUUUAUAUUCAUUUUUGCCCACCGUCGACAAAUAUACUAAUGAUGAUGAUUUAACCGAGGACGAUGGAUCUCUUGGAUAUUAUCCAGCCGUAUCUAUGUAUCGAGGUGGUACUUGUACUUUAAAUUUCGGACCACAUUUUCGAUAUCCACCGCCACCAGAUCCGGAAUUAGAGCUUGCAAGCAAUAGGUCAACGCCACCCAAAGUUCAGACUUUCAAGUCUUCAUUAAUAAAAACCUUAGUUGCAAAUCCAUUAUUAAACAAACCAUCAACUUCAACUUCGUCAUCCCCAUCUUCAUUAAAUCCUUACAAGAAAAGUACUAGUGGUCGUAAUUGGAAUCCAAUGUCUGAACGAUAUAUGGAAUACGUAACUGAAGAUGUAUUAUAUGAUCUUGUUGAUGAAGUGGAACUUUGGGAUUGGAUGUUAUCACAAAAGAAGAAGAUUAUCCCGACCAAGCGACCAGUGAUUGUUGAAAUGAGUGAUGGUUCUCUUAAAAAGAGGAAACAAGAAGGGGGAUCAAGGCAGGAAAUAAAUGAUAACGAAGAUUUAAAACCUCAAGGAUUUCCGACAAAGUGGGAUGGAUCCUCAUUUAAUUAA